AUGGUUCCGGAUCCCGAGGAGAUGGACCGCGCUUUCGACGACGAUGACGAUGAGGAGCACGACUCACACGAGGGUGCGCGCCUCCUCGGCGGUCCUGCUCAGCCUCAGCCGACAUCGAGCGCCAACUCGCGCAUGCCUGGCGACUACGACUUCGAUCGCGAUUACUUCCUCCCGCCGCCGGGCUCACCGCCACCAUUCGAGGACUACUCGGCUACGAAUCCUGCACCGGGAAACAGCAACGGUAUUGUUCCCUCGUCAAGUGACGUGCGGCGCCCGAAGCCGCCCCGACACUUCCUGGGCGGCAUCCUCCCGCUCUCGUUCCUUCCGCGGCAACGAGGACAGGACGAGCACGCCCACGGUCCGGGCGUCGGAGGCGGGCAGUCGGGAGUGUUUGCCAACCUGUCCGCGCGCCCGGAUGGCCAGCACGGCGGUGAGGGCGAGGAGGGCUCCGAGUGGGCCAACGAGAAUGAGCUGAAGGACGCCCCGCCGUCAUACCAGACCGCGCUCCGAGACGCCGUGCCGCCCUACUGGGACACCACUGUCGUGCUCCCUUCUUCGACUUCGCCGUUCGGCCCCCUCUCGUCUUCCAUCUCGGGCGACGAGAUUCUCAUCGACGGCAUGCCCGCUGGCAACCUGUUCGGUUUCGUCUGGAACUUGGUCGUGUCCGCCGCGUUCUGGCUGCCAGGUUUCCUUCUCACAUACGUCCUGCACACGACGCACGCCGCUAAGCACGGCUCGCGUGCCGGUCUCGGCGUCACCCUCCUCCGGUAUGCGUUCCAUCUGCGCUCCGUCGCCCAGGAGCUGUUAAAGGCUGGCCACUUCCCUGGCGAGAUGGAGGUCGUGGACCCUGCCACGGGCAAGCUGGCCGGCGACAAGCAGGCCGAGGACAUGCUGAAGAAUUUUGGAUCGACCAUCGAGUUCCCGCAGCCCUGGUCGCCGCCUGCGGAGUGGGGCGGCGGCAACGAGACGUACAUCAUCCACUCGCUGGAGGAGGCCGAGCACAUUGUGCACAAGUACAACCACACGCUGCUCGACGUGGUAGGGCAGAGUGCGCCCGAGGUCGGCCGCACCAACGAGUGGUUCUCCUUCAUGCUCAUGAUCAUUGGAUGCGGGAGGGCGAGGCUGCCCAGCGCGCCGCGCGCGGCGAGGACGGAGCUCGAGCCUCACCCCGCCGACGACGACGGGGACAUCCCCACCCGCGGCCAGGUCGGCCCCACCCAGCUCGCCUACUACACGGCCGCAGUCACGCAGGCGCUGAACGGCGCGCGCGAGAUCCAGCGCGGGUUCUUCGGCAUGCGCGGCCCGCGCCCCCCCGCGCGCGGCGAUACGCUCUUCGCGGGCGACGACGACGAGCAGGACCUCCUCGAGGCACAGGGGUACGGUCUCGAGCCCAUGUCGCAGGACAGCCCCAGCCGCCGCCGCGGGCUCUGGGGAUAA